GAAUUAACCGAAGAUCUUGUUUGAGAGAGAAUCUACAAUAAAUUCCAUAUACCAUGUCUGAAAGUUUGGUGUUUUAUUCCCAAACUAACGCCAUUUUGGAGACGCUUAUUAGAUAUGCUCUGGAUUUAACGGGAUAUGCCAAAGAAGACCAUUCCGCCAAGGCAGGACUUAACAAAAUGGUGGAGCUCCUGGCUCGGGAGGCAACCAGAAAGAUCAACUGUGUUUACCAGCAGCUGUUUGACAGCACCAAUAAGGAAAAACCGAUGCUUCAGAACAAAGUAAGCGAGCUGGAGUGCCAGCUGAAGGCAGUCACGGAAGACUUUGACGUCAUCACAAUAUGGAGGGAGAACGUGUUGAGUGGAUGUCCCGUGCUCAAUGAGCAGACAGGAUGGGUCUUCACCCUGAAGCCUUACGGGGUUUUAGUGAAAUCGGAUGAGUGUGCAAAGGAUGAUGCUGAAUCCACAUCAGCCGUAAUCAUAUGCAAAGACAAAUCUACAAUGGAGGGCUUGAAUUGUGAAGCUGAGUCAUCAGCAGUCAGUAGACAAGACAACGCAGACCUCGCAGAGGAUGACAUCGCAGGGGAUGACAUCGUGACGCUGUCCACAGACUCCAACAAUCCUUUGCAAUCUGAAGUCAAUAAGAAGGUUUUUACAUGCGACGUGUGCGAGAAGAGCUUCAGCCGUCAGCUCCACCUCAAGAAGCACUUGGACAGUCAUAAGGAGCCUCUGACUUGCCACCAGUGUCCCAGGAUCUUCCGACGCAGCGCCGCGCUGGAAUGCCACCUGCUGCGUCACAAGGAGAAGACACUUCAGUCCUUCAUGUGUCCAAUCUGCGACAAGACCUUCAAGAACAAAAAACUGCUCAAGGCACACGAGUCGGUACAUGGCGACGACGCACAGCCCUUCGCCCCUGACGUCUCACAGGGUAAGGCGUUCACCUGCGAAACAUGUGGCGCCAGCUUCACACUGCAGCAGAAUCUCAAGCGGCACGCCCGCAUCCACACGGGCGAGCGACCAUUCAAGUGCCACGUGUGCGGCGCCAGCUUCGUCCAGGACAAGCUGAAGGCUCACAUGCUGCUCCACGGUGCCACCAAAUCUUUCAUGUGUGACUUGUGUGGCAAGACCUUCCUGUACAACUGGCAGCUAAAGAAGCACCAAAAAGUUGCGCACCAGGAGGGCAGUGAAGCAAACAUGCAGGAAGGGCGGCGGAAAGUCCGUGCGCGGCGAAAGCGUACUGUCAUCUUUAAACGUGACAGGACCACCAUGGAGUUGGCAGCGUUUGCCUGCAAGACGUGCCGACGUGCGUUUGACUCCGAGGCGGCGCUCAAAAAACACGAGCUGCUCCACACAAGCGGGACCCCGUUCACGUGUGACGUUUGCGGCAAAGCCUUCCUCUACAAGACAACCUUUGACUACCACCUCCGUACGCACUCAGGCGAGCGGCCGUAUGCCUGUGACGUGUGUGGCAAGACCUUCAUCAUCCACCAUGCGCUCAAGUCGCACCGGCUGCGGCACACGGGCGAGAAACCGCAUGCUUGCGAGCAGUGUGGAAAGGCAUUCCGUGUUUACACCAACUACCAGAGACACCUCAGGAUCCAUACGGGUGAGAAGCCAUACGAGUGCGAGGUGUGCGGCGUCAGAUUCCGCCAACUCGGACAUGUCAAGUUCCACAUGCAGGUGCAUACGGGUGAGCGGCCAUACUCCUGCGCUGCUUGUGGAAUCGGCUUUUCCGACUCCAGGCAGCUAAAGAAACACAAGUGUGCUGGCAAGGAUUCAGUGAAGACAUCACUAACAUCUUUCAUGCCCCCUCACUUUCCCGAACCGUGUCAAAUGGAGGACUUUGCAGCGCGAACCACUGCCAUUUUGGAGGAUAUGGCGAACAACGCUGUGAUAGAAAUGUCCAAAGUUGUCCUUUCCACGGACAAGACGGACGAAUAUUUUUGGAGUGAGAAUGACAUCGUUCAAGUUUCAUAUCAGGAUAAGGUGAUCCAUCUUGCCAACACUUUCAUGACAUUGCUGGCUCAAGAAGCAGUUGACAACAUCUGCCAACUUUUCCAUGAAUGUUCUGCAAUGCUGCGCUUGCAAGUGACACAGGGUGAGGCGCAGCUGAAGGACCUGAGGAUGAAGCUAGAGGAGGCGGAGACGUCGCUGAGUGCGGUGUUACAAAAUGCUUGCGCCGUGGUAGUGGAAGAGCAGCUGCAUGACCUGGUUGUUGUCGGAGCAGUGGACACAAUGGAAGGAGAGACGCAGAGCUCAGCUGUGUCAGUUGAAGUUGAAAACCCAUCCAUCGAGGACCUGACUUUCGAGGACCAUGCGAUUGCAGCACUAACACAGGACACCAUUGUUGACCAGACGUCGUGUUACAUCAUCCAGCAGGAAAAUAAUACGGACAUGGAGAACCACAAUGAUCUUUACUAUCAGUCGGAAGAAGAUGCCCUCAACACCAGCCACAAUGGCCAAGCCAAAAGCAGAGUUGCAGCUGUCAAGCAGCAAAGAGCACAGCAGGCAGCGCGUCACCUGCCCAAGAACUUUGUGUGCUCACUGUGUGGAUGCAGCUUCCCCCUCAAACGCAGCCUCAACGUGCACAUGCGAAAGCACAUUGGGCAGCACACAGCGAAGUAUUCUCACACAUGCGACAAGUGUGGUAAGGGCUUCACACUCAAGCAGAUCCUACUGAACCACCAACGAAUGCAUAAUGAGGAGCGACCCUUCAAGUGCACACAGUGCUCCAAGAGUUUCUACCGAGCAAACGGCCUGAGGAUGCACAAACGCUUGCAUGCCCCCCGCAGCAAAGGCGAGUACCACUGCCAAGUCUGCAACAAGAUCUUCAGUUUCCAUUGCAAUCUGCAGCGCCACCUGCGCAUCCACUCGGGUGAGAAGCCUUUCUGCUGCGAAAUGUGCGGGAAGAGCUUCAACCAGGCCAACACGCUCAAAAGCCACCAGAGGACCCACACGGGGGAGCGGCCAUUCAAAUGCGACACGUGCGGGAAGACAUUCAACCAAAAGGGAACCCUGAAGGCGCACGCCAACGCCGCCUCCGUGGCGUGCGUGGCCUGUGGCGUGGUGGUGGCCUGUAAGGAUGGAAUGCACAACCACCUGCAAGCGCACGUUGUGCCGUGCAUCUGCACCCUGUGCGGCGAUCUACUGGCCUCUGUGACGGACUUGUGUUCGCACCAGCGGCACCACAACAUGGCCAGUCGUGCGCAUGCCUGCCCCAUCUGCAAUAAGAGAUUCAAGUCAGGCACGUACUUGAAGACACACAUCAAGUUGCACAGCGGAGUCAAGCCCUUCUCUUGUGACAUCUGCCACCGCAGUUUCGCUCUGCAAAGCAGCCUCAAGUUGCACCAGGAUGUGCACAAUGAGGACAAACAGUUCUGCUGCGACGUAUGCGGCAAGUUUUUCAGCAGCUUGAACAUGCUGAUCCGCCACCAGCGCAUUCACACAGUUGAGAAGAGAGAGUACACAGGCGAGAAGCAAUACGUCUGCAACGUGUGUGGCAAAAGCUUUAACCACAAUCCCAACCUGAUCCGUCACCGCCGCAUCCACACAGGAGAGAAGCCGUACAUCUGCAGCGUGUGCGGCCGCAGCUUCAACCAGAGUAACAGCCUUAAAGCCCACCAGCAGGUCCACACUGGCCUCAAGAGGUUCAUGUGUGAGCGCUGUGGCAAAAGCUACAGUGAUAAGAGGGGUUUCAAGAAACACAAGUUUUUAAUGUAUGAGUUUAUGUGUUUAGAUAUCACCCAGCUCCCAGGAAAAGUCUUAAUGUACGAGUUUAUGUGUUUAGCGAUCACCCACCCCCUGGGAAGAACCAUAUGCGGCCACCGUUUUGAGUUGGGACAAGCACGGAUUAGUCUAGAGAUGUUUAUAGGUCUACAAGUACGUCGGACACAUGUCACACCAUCUUCAUCAAUAACCAGUUGGAGAAAAGUCACUGUACGAUAUAAUUUAAUCCAUCAAGCCAACACCUUCAUGACGUCUCUGGCUCAAGAGGCAACCGACAAUAUCUGCCAACUAUUCCAUGAAUGUUCAUCUCUGCUGCACUUGCAAGUAAUGCAAGGGGAAGCGCAACUGGAGGACCUGAAGAAAAAACUGGAAGUAGCGGAAACAGCGCUGGAUAUGGUGCUGAGAAGCGCUCACGCCACUGUAGAGAAAGAGGAAGUACAUGUCCAGGAAGCAGAUGGACAAGUCGGCACGUCAGAAGGAGACACGCAUAGCUCAGCUAUGUCUGGGGAUGUCAAGAACUCUGCCAUCAUUUACCUAAGCUACAAGGACAGCAUGCAACCAGCGCUGAAGCAGGACAGCUUUAUUGACCAGAAGUCAUGUGGGUCCAAUCAGCAGGGAGACCCUGAUGACGAUGAGCCAGACCAUCAGGAGACGGAAGACGUCAGUGACGCCAGCCACAGAAAAGGGACCAAACCUGAUGUUCCGGCCAGCAAACGGAGCGGCAGCAACUUUAGCAACAGAGUCCGCCAGACAGCGCUCAAGAACUUCUCAUGUUCACUCUGCGGACGCACUUUUGCCCUCCAGCGCAGCCUCAAUGUGCACAUGCGGCAGCACACGGGUGAGCGUGCUCACACGUGUGAUGUGUGUGGUCAGGGCUUCACACUCAAGCAGAUCCUGCUCGACCACCUUCGAAUGCACAAUGAGGAGCGACCCUUUAAGUGCACGCAGUGUGACAAGAGCUUCUACCAAGCGCAAGGCCUGAAGAUGCAUCAGCGCUUGCAUGUGGUCCGCCGCGACCGCGUCCAUCGCUGCCACUAUUGCAAGAAGGCCUUCAAGGUCCUCGGCAGCCUGCGGCGCCACCUGCUCAUCCACACGGGCGAGAAGCCCUUCAGAUGUGACACAUGCGGGAAGAGCUUCAACCAGGCCAGCACGCUCAAGAGCCACCACAGGAUCCACACGGGGGAGCGGCCAUUCGCCUGCUUAAGCUGCGGGAAGACUUUCAUCCAGAAGAGCACCCUGGAGACGCACACAGACGCCUCCUCGCUGGUGUGCGUGGUUUGCGGCGGCGUGGCGGACUGUGUGGAGGUAAUGCGCGACCACCUACAAACGCACGCUGAAGCCUUGCCAUGCGUCUGCAUGCUGUGCGGCCAUCGGCUCACCACGGCAGCGGAGUUGCGCCCGCACCAGCAGCACCACCAUUCGACGGGAGGUGAACACGCCUGCAGCAUGUGCGGGAAGACAUUCAAGUCAGCAAGCUACUUGAAGAUACACUACAAAAUACACAUUGGAAUCAAGUCCUUCUCCUGCGACAUCUGCUUUCGCACCUUUUCGCAGAAAAGCAGCCUCAAGACGCACAAGGUGUUGCACACGGGCGAGAAGCCGUUCGCCUGCAACACGUGCAACAAGCGCUUCGGCAACCUGGGCAACCUGACACGACACCGCCGCAUCCACACAGGCGAGAAGCCGUACAUCUGCGAUGUUUGUGGCCGCUGCUUCAACCAGAGCAGCAGCCUCAAGGCCCACCAGCAGGUCCACACGGGCCACAAGAAAUUCAUAUGCGACCGUUGCGGCAAGCGCUUCGCCUACAGGAGGAACCUCCAAAACCACAAGUGCCUCUACUAAUGACUGCCUGAAUGGUUUAACUGAACUUGAUGGUUGAAUGGCAGCUUGCACUGAAGGAAUAUAUUCUUUAGUUGUCAUAUUUACAGUAAGGUAGUGAAAUGGCGCAGAGGCUUUGUGGUACUGGAAAAAGUCGUGAACCUUACCGCACAGCGCAUGUCACUGACCUUAUGUGGAAAUGUGUGGUAGUAAGUUAAUAAAUUUCCUUGAAUUCGGGUAUAGUCAUGAUUAAUUUACAUUAAUAUUGUGUGAUGGCCCUUAGAAAAAUUGCUCUUUGUCUAUGUGUGCCCUGCGAUUGGCUGGCAACUAGUUCAGGUGUACCCCGCCUACUGCCCAUAGACUGCUGGGAUGGGCUCCAGUACGCCCGCGAUCCUCGUGAGAUGGAUUUCCUUCUCUAAUUUCACCGGCACCACCUUCAAUUGAACUGUAGGUGGCAGUAGUAUGCAAAAAAAUGCAGUUUAGUUCCAAUGUUUCCGAAUCUUGAUAGAGCUCAGUCAUUUAUUUCACGUUCAAAUAAACGGCACCCAUUAUUUGUAGUUUGUAGAUUUAUCUUUGGAACAAGUGAAAUGUUUGGGAAUUCUUAGUGUAAGCCACUACCAACUCCAACCAAAUCAGCUUUUGCAAAGACUUUUUUAAAUGCAUCUCACCAGAUUGUGCCAUUGUGCAGGCAAUGUAAUGACUACAAAGUAGAUGCGUUUGGUCUUUGUGUCUCAAAACAGCUGUUUUAAAAAUAAAUUUUACAUGGAGCUCACCUCUUCCUGCUAUAAAAUCCAUUCGCUGUUGAAAGAAA